UUUAACCUUUGGUUAAGAUUUGGUGUUGAUGCCGAUAGUCUCACUCUGCUAUGCAGGUGAGACAAAAACUAUGAUAUGAAAUGCUCAACACAUUAUUGUCCAAAUUAAAAAUACACAAAAAAAAUGCCUACAAAGAUCUCUACUGAGAGUAUGGGCACAUCACUAUUUUCAAUAUUAUUAAAUGUCCAAUAAAAAAAAAGGGUUUUCAUUAUGGUAUGUAUAUCCUAAAUAGCUCCCAACAGAAACACUAAUCUACAAUUAACUACUACUUGGUGAAUCCAACUCAACUAUUUAAUCACAAUUAUCUUUUAUAUUUCACUUCAUACAAUUAAAACAAUAUUCAUGAAUGACUUUGAUCAUUGGUCAUGAAAUUGUUUCAGGAUUUUCAUAAACACCUUGCAACAUCUGUCACCAAAUGAGAUUUACUUAAAUAAAUAGAGUAAAAUUCACAGAGCAGAAUGCUCAAAUUUUCGACAAUUUGCUCUGUGAAUUUUACUCUUUUUAUUGAGAUAUCAAUAUCCUGAGCCUGGACCAUCCCUUUAAUUGGCUACAUGGCUACUACUUUUUUCCCCACAACACAUUUAUAUAUUAGUGUCUAGGAUCAUUUAAAUGAAAUCACUCUUUCUUAGUAGCAUUAACGUGAGGAGAGAACUGCGGGUCACAGUUCUGUGUGCGCGCCCUCCUUGGCGACCCAGAUUGGCUGGCUCCUCCAAUGUGCCUUUGAUGUCUUUGACAGAUAUAUGGCGCUAUACAAAUGCUGUGCAUCAUCAUCAUUAUUAUAUUUACUGUCAUAAAAACACUAUAUUUUCUCUAUUUUGACAUCUUUUACAUGAAACAAAUCAUUCACAUGUUGUCAUUUACUGAGAGUGAGUGGCAAUCAGUAGAUGAUGAGUUGAUGGGACAGACAUUUUUGGCUAAAAUUUUCAAACAAAUUGAAGUUCUUACUAGUCACAUAAACGGAUGAUAAGGACAACUACUGAAUAUGGUGUAAUGGACACUAACUUUAAUAACUGAUUAUUGCCAUAACUGAUGAGAUGCCGUUUAAUAGACUAACUGCUUUUAAAUCUGUGUUUACUGAAUUACUUUUGGCAAAUGAGCAGGGAUAUUAUAUUACAUCAAACAAUAUCCAUGUACUGACAUUGUAGUAAAAACAUUAUGUUUCCAAGAAAACCCUAUCAUUACCUCUAUUUGACCACUAUCAAAUACAUAAACUUGCUGAAAAAUUGCAACAAAAGAACUGCUGAACCUGAUUUUAAAAAAAUCCUCAUUUUAUUUAUCAACACAUCUAUAAGAAAAAAAAACAAAGGGGAGAAAAGUUUAAUGUAGUUUUGUUCAUGUCAUGAAAUCUCGAAUGAUGUGAUUGUGACCUUUAACAUUAAAAAAAGAGGACAUACAUGUACAUUGAACAUUUCACAAAUAACAACAAUGCAACAAAAUUACAAUACUCUAAAAAUCAACCUUCUUUUUUCAGUCUACAAUAAUAACAAUUAAUCAACAAGACCACAAUACUGAAUAUGCUUAAUAUUUUCGACAUUACAUAAUCAAAUGUCUCACCAUUUUAAAAAUGGUAACCCGUAUUAAAGAAACUCCAUCAACAAAUCAAGGUAAUUUAAAGAGACUUCAUAAAGAAAUGCAAUGGUUAGCAAUUUCUUCAGUGGGGAUUUAAUAAGCAAAUAAUCACCACUGGUACAGGUGAUGAGCAAACUUUCACUGUCAAGGCAAGCUGGAUAUAGCUAUCUUUCAGCAGCAGCGCUGAGGAAAAAUAGUGAGUACAUCCAGCUCGCUGAGUUGUGAAAAUGAUGUAAAGUUAAUUUUCCCAGAAUUACAUUCUUGCAUCACAAGAAUGCUUUACAAAAGUUCGGAUGACCGCUAAAAAUAAAGACAUUCAAUAGAGUUUAAAGUACAUUGUGCUCAAAAGAUCAGUACUGCCUCAAUAAGCAUUUUAUCUCGUAACUUCUCGCUACGGGAUUCUGUGAGAUACGAGCUACGCUUGCGCAAAAUCAGUGAGCCUACGUUCAUGCAUCGGCUGACCACAGGCAGCCAUUUUGAUCAGUAGAAUUUUGUUUUUCUUAGAAAGUUCCAUACUCUACAGGAGGUAGGUGUAACUUAUUAAUGUUUCUUAUAAUUAUCACUAUUUUCUGAGCCAAAAGAUAAUUUCUUGUGUAACAUUUUAGCCUGUUAUGGCUGAUUUUGAUGACAAGGGCCCCCGUGAAGGCUCGUCGAUUAAGUCGGCUAACGGUGACGUGUUUUUACCCGAGUCAAUCCGCACGGCGUUAUUGGCCUCUAACGCUGCGAAUAAGGCUCAGAAACCAAGCAAGGCUGGUACAAGUGAUGUGAAUUUUGCCAGCACGCUGGUGAUGUUCAGGCCUAGAAAACUUUGUGAUACCUAAAUUAACAAAAACCAGAUCGGGUUUGAGUAUUUCCAGUAAAGAUAAGAUUGAUUCUCAAUCCCAUUCCCACACCCAGUCCCACAUGUACGACAUGAGCAAUCAAGCCCAACAAGAGGCUAAGGCAGGGCCUGCUAAGCCAAAACUAGGGAAAAGCAAGCCAAAUAAAGACCCCAAAUCUAGUGCUAUUGGUGGUAAAUCAUGCAAGUCAAGUGAUGUUUCCCCUCCUGCAGCUACAGGAACCUUGGCCCCGGGCAAUUCUGUGAAUGAAAGUAAUGAAAAGAGGUUUCAAAGUCUAGAAAGGGCACUUGAGAAACAGAAUACUAUGUUAGAGAAGCUCUGUAACAACAUGUCACAUACUAGUAGUAGUAGCAACAGGAUUGAGAGACAGGAUGUAAAUGUUAAUGCCCAGGGGGCACAAAGUCAAGUUUCAGAUCAGUAUAUGGAGGGAAUGGACCCCGAGGAAGGGAGUUUUGUACCAGAUUAUGAGUAUCCUUAUGACUAUGGCGAAGAUGGAUAUAUUUUCUCCCUCUCAUCUGCUCAAGCUGGUGCUGAGCAGGUAGACCCUGCCCCUACUAUUAGUCCCAGUGUAGUUGAAGAUGAAGUAGUCAUGACAACAGGGCAAGAUGGGGAUUCUGUUGCUACCCCUAUGGUGGCAAAGGGUUUUGCAGCCCGUUUUCAAGCUCAAGCCCCUAUGGGACCAGAUGUGAAUAAAGAACUAGCAGAUAGUCUGAACAUUAUGCUGUCAGAGCGCAUGGGCCUGGAAAAUAUGGGUGUACUCAUGGACAAGUAUGUUCCACCCAAGAAUGUGCCAAACCUGGUAGUACCCAAGGUUAACCCCUUAAUCUGGGAUAAUAUCCCUGCAAAAACAAAAUCCAAAGAUUUGAGGCUUCAGAAACUCCAAAAGCCCCUAAUCAAAGGAAUGAUUGCUGUAACAGAGCUUAUGAAGGAUAAGACUACCCCAGAACAGGAAGAGGCAAUUGCACUACUGGCACAUGCUAACAAUGAAAUAAACAUGUUCCGAAGGGAGUCCAUUAAGCCAGACCUCAAUCCAAACUUCCAACCACUCUGUCGAUCAGACGUGAAGGUAACAAAACACCUUUUUGGUGAAGACUUGGGAAAAGUUGUGAAAGAUAUGACAGAACAACAAAAGGCAGUGUCUGUUACCAGGCUAGGUUUCCACAAAGUCAAGGUCAGAGGUUUGCUCCAUAUCCAGGCAACUUCACUAGGCCGGCAUACAGACGGAGGGGCCGUGGUAAUCAGAACUCUCCCUUCACACCCUCUUUUUUAGGCAUGCAGACCAGAGGGCAUGCAUUCAACCUGCAAGGCAGGGGGAGAGGAGUAGUCAUGAGAGGCCAGAAGAGAAUGAGAGGACUCAAGGCACCAGCUACGCAGUCCAGGCCCCCUUUAUACUAGGACCCAGUUUGAACAAGACAGAUGAUGAGGUAAGCAAUGAACAUGCAUCUAGUAGCACUCUGAAUUGCAACCAUUUCCAGGGGGGCCAAGAAAGCUUACAUUUUGGCCAAUGGGAAAGUUCAACUUCUGAUAGAAAUAUUUUGAACAUUAUCAAAGGGUAUAAAUUGGAGUUCAUAGGAGCGCCACCCAAUCAGAUAUACAUACCCCAUCCUUACAAACUGACUCCUGUUGAAAUUUUGGCUGUAGAAACAGAGAUACAAACCCUUUUGAAUAAAGAGGUAAUUGAAAAAUGUGACCACAUACCUGGUGAAUUUAUUUCCAAUAUUUUCAUGCGGGAGAAAAAGGAUGGAAAAUGGAGAAUGAUUCUGAACUUGUCCCAAUUUAAUGAUCAUUUGGAUUUCCACCAUUUUAAAAUGGAUACCUUUGAAACUGCAGUGCAACUUUUAACCAACAAGUGGAAUGCCUCUGGCCGUCUCACCUGCAUCACGCGGUUCAAUAUAGCAGCAGUGCUGACUUUGAAUACU